GUCCGACCGCUCCGUCGUUCUUGCCAUGACUGUUGUACUCGAGUGUUAUAAACGUUGCAGUUGGGUUUGUUGAUAGUGGUUGAUUUUGAUAACACCGAUAUGGCAACAAAACCAGAUUAUCAACGACCAUACGGUAUCGAUGGCCGAUACACCGAGGAGCCCACGCAAUACAGCCCCGCCUCUCAUCAUGAGGGGGCUGAGCCUUCACCCCACUCUAGAGCGACAACGCCUCUUGAAUGUCUGCCCUACACAGAAACCGAUCAGGAAAAUUAUCCCAAUGUUAUGCGAUCGGAAGGCGAUUAUAACAUCCUUUUCAAUAACACGCGGAUCGACGAGGUGCCCAUUGACGAGACCUCCGGUACGGAGUACCUGCAGCUGGGUACCGUCCAAAAUGUUUCCAAUGGAUCGCCGAACGGUAGUGCGAAUUCUAACUCAGGGUCCCCCAGGAGAGUGGCCUUUACACAUUUAAAUUCGAUACAGACUUCAGACCAGCACACCAUCAUAGGGGGGUCGCAUCUCACGCAACUGACUAGCCAUAUUAGUUACACAGGAGAUAUCGAAUCCACUCCUGGAGUAAACAUCGCAAGCUCUUUGUACUCUCGAAAUCCGAGCAGUUACACGACUGGGACCAUGCCUUACUACGGGACGGGAUCGCCGGAGUUGUCCUCGCAAUCGACCCAACUCUGGACCAACUCAGGAUUAAAUUCCAACGCUGGACUGGUGCUAGCUGAAGAGUAUCCAAAGGUGACUUCCUCGACGGCUCUGCCGGCAUUCAACCGCUUGUCGACCCUUCACACGAACUCUCACCACCGAAGCGCCCCGUAUACGGUGCCAAGCUCGUCGAAUUACAACGACUGGCAGUACGGGGAGCCCACGGGGACGCUCCAGUACAACAUCCUGAGUCCUGGGGCCUCGCGAAACCGCCCCCUGUCGGCCUCAGCCUCCCUCUCGGCAAUAGACCCCCGUGCCGAGUAUUUUACGGAGGGACGAGAAUGCGUGAACUGUGGUGCCAUCGAUACCCCUUUAUGGAGAAGAGAUGGUACUGGCCAUUACCUGUGCAAUGCUUGUGGCCUUUACCACAAGAUGAACGGCAUGAACCGGCCCCUUGUCAAGCAGCCUCGUAGAUUGUCUGCCUCUCGCCGAGUGGGUUUAACUUGCACCAACUGCCACACAAGUACGACGUCUCUUUGGCGAAGAAACACAGUUGGUGAGCCUGUCUGUAAUGCUUGCGGCCUUUACUUCAAGCUCCAUGGAGUGAACAGGCCUUUAGCAAUGAAGAAGGAUAGUAUCCAGACAAGGAAACGGAAACCUAAAGGGAGCAAGGACAGCAACUCCCGGAACGCCCUAACUAACGCCCUAGAAUCCACCAUUAACAAUAUCAAGUUGGAGCAGAGUCUACCUUCUGUUAAAUUAGAACAUUCCUCUUUAGAGAAUUACAACGACUUGAGGUCUAUAUCGUCGCUGAACCACGUGUCGCACAACACAAACUCGAAUUACGUGUACAACAAUCAGUCUCAUCAAAGGAUGUCUCCUUACACGUCACAGUCAUCGCAGAUGACCAACAGUUACUUCGACAUGCUUCCGCAAGCGAGUCCUAGUUCGCCCUCCACGACAUCACCGAGCCCCAAUUCGCCACUUAUUGUCAACAAUAACAACAACAACAACACUAAAGUGAUUAUGAACGGGGAAAACAACAACAUGGAGAGACCCACAGUGGUCACUUUGUCCUCAUAAUUGUUCUCUGAAAUACCGUAUCAUUAGUGGACGUAUAAGAAUACAUAAUUGCAAUAAUAUAAAUAUGCUUAGGGUUACUUUACCGAUAAGUUGUGUUUAGGUAUUUAACGAGUGUGGUCUGUUGUCCUAUCUUUUAUUGGAAGAGAUCUCUAAUUUGUUAUUGUUUGACCUGUUGAUCGCAAAUUCGUAAUUGUGAAAAGGUUAUUUUCGGCUGUAAUAACAUGAGAAUGCAACUUGUGUAACAUGACAGUCUAGAAAGUAAAUAUUUUUGUUAAAUAGCUUUAUCCAUAAGAUUAUCGAAAUUUAAUAACACGUUGUGAUAGGGAAAUGGAUAUUUUGCGGACAUUUAUUGAGAAGGAAGUUGAGUACAAAGGUAGUUUGUUAUUUGUAUAUUAUAUAUACUUAAAAGAAAAUUUCUCUGAAAUUACCAAAGACAAUUGUAGUUUUUUCAACACUAGGUUUAAUAUUCUCGAAUAUCACUUUGCUUUUAAGAGUUAAUUGUUUUAUUUUGACUGAUUGAAUCUACACAAAACAUUUAUUUGAAAAAGGUCUGAUGUACAUUGUCUAGAUCUUUUUAUUAAGAGUGUUUAUUCUAAUCAUUUAGAAGUUAAGGAUUUUUGUUUUAUUGAUUAUAUUUUGUUGUAUAUUAAUAUCUCUCUUAUUUAUUGUGAGUUAUUGAAUUGUGAAUCCACAUUCCGAGUACUUGUACAGUUCGUUUACUUGUAAGGUUUAGGUUCUGUAGAUAUUUUGCAAAGUUAGAUGCAAACACAAAAUAAAUUUUCUCCAAGUUACUUUUAAUUUUUGUAUAAUCACAUUUUUAAAUUUUACAAAUAUUAUUGGUUAUUUACUGAUAUUAUUAUUUUGUACUGCUUGUAUAUUAUUUCAUAAUAAAAUAAUUUAAUCUUUAGAA